AUGGUCGAAGAGUUCGGCAAGGUGCUCAUCGGCAAGGACCCGCAUCGCAUCGAAGAGCACUGGCAGACGCUGUAUCAUCACUUCCAUGUGCGCGGAGGCGUGGUGCAGAUGUCGGCUAUCAGCGGUAUUGAAAUUGCGCUGUGGGACAUCAAGGGCAAGGCACUCGGCGUGCCGGUCUAUCAGCUACUGGGCGGCGCGAUGCGCGACAAAAUCUGGUGCUACGGCAGGUGGGACGGUCUCACCGUCGAGGACGCCGUGGAGAAUGCUCUGCGUCACACCGAGCAGGGACUUACCGCGCUCAAGGGCGAUCCCUUUGACCAUCGCGGCGUCGGCGACGAUGUGGAGUUGCUGGUCGAGGUGCAUGGAAGGCUUGCGCCCGCGGACGCUAUCCGCAUCGGCAACGCGAUGGAGCAGUACCGCCCGUUCGUGUAUGAAGAGCCUGUGCCGCCGCAGAACUUAGAUGCCUUGCAGCGCGUCGCUGAGCAGGUCAACAUCCCGCUUGCCACCGGUGAGCGCCUGUACACCAAGUGGGACUAUACGGACCUUUUGCAGCGGCAAAUCGUCAAGAUGAUUCAGCCGGACAUCGUGCAGGGCGGAGGCAUAUCUGAACUGAAGAAGAUUGCGGCGAUGGCGGAAGCACACUAUGUCGGCUUCCAGCCCCACAAUCCCUACGGCCCGCUAUGCACCAUAGCGUCGCUACACCUUGACGCAUGUGUGCCCAACUUCAUGAUACAGGAGGGUGGCAUUCAUCCUUGGUUCCAGGACGCAUGUACAGGCGACUUCCCCGUGCAGAAGGACGGCUUCCUGCCGCUACCGACUGCGCCCGGAAUCGGAGUGGGCAUGGAUGAGGACUGGCUGAAGGCAAACCCGUGGCGUGACGACGCAGCCGUGUGGCGUCCGGCAGAUGGCACUAUCGCCUCAAUGCAGCAGACGAACUGGUCGUAG